AUGGUUACUACCAUGGAGGUCAUCAAGACACCCGCCACUCGAAAUCAAAAACCAACCACUUCAGAACCAGCCACUUCAGAACCAGCCACUUCAGAACCAACCACUUCAGAACCAGCCACUUCAGAACCAGCCACUUCAGAACCAACCACUUCAGAACCAACCACUUCAGAACCAACCACUUCAGAACCAACCACUCCAGAACCAACCACUUCAGAACCAACCACUCCAGAACCAACCACUCCAGAACCAAUUACUCCAGAACCAGCCACUCCAGAACCAACCACUCCAGAACCAACCACUUCAGAACCAACCACUCCAGAACCAACCACUUCAGAACCAACCACUCCAGAACCAACCACUCCAGAACCAAUUACUCCAGAACCAGCCACUCCAGAACCAACCACUUCAACAGUAAAAACGUCAUUACCAACAAUUAUUAAGCACCAUAACUAA